GGCAACGGGCCUGGCUGAGGGUUCUGCUCUCCCCUCCCCACAGCGGGCUGACGCACGAGGCGCACAAGAAGGAGGUGGAGCAGGUGUACCUGCGCUGCUCCGCGGGCACUGUCGAGUGGAUGUAUCCAACUGGGGCACUCAUCGUCAACCUCCGGCCCAACAUCUUCGUACCCGCCAAGCACCUGACUGUGUGCAUCAAGCCGGCCCCUGGCUCCUCGGGGGCCAACGUCUACCUGGAGAAGACAGGCGCGCUGCGGCUGCUGGUGCCAGAUGGUGAGCGUGGCCCCCGCCGGGUGCGCUGCUUUGGCCUGGACCAGGGCAGCCUCUUUGUGGAGGCCUCGCCCCAGCAGGACAUCAGCCGCAGGACCACGGGCUUCCAGUACGAGCUUGUGCACCGGCGCUCCGGCUCUGACCUGCUCUUGCUCUCCGCCCCGUGCAGCCCCUGCAGCGACACUGAGGUCCUCCUGGCCGUCUGCACAAGCGACUUUGUCGUCCGUGGCUCCAUCCAGGACGUCACCAACGAGCCGGAGCAGCAGGAGUCAGCCAUCCACCUGAACGUGAGCAGGCUCUACCGGCAGAAGAGCAAGGUCUUCCAGCCUGACCCUGAGGGGGUUGGCCGCUGGCGAGGCCACAUCAAGACACUGCUCAAGUGUGGCGUGCGGCCCGGGCAUGGGGACUUCCUCUUCACUGGCCAGAUGCACUUUGGGGAGGCCUGGCUCGGCUGCGCCCCACGCUUCACGGACUUCCAGAGGAUGUACUGGGAUGCCAAGCAGAAGGGACUGAACCCGUGUGAGAUUGGCACAGAGUGACCGCCUCCCUGCUGCCCUGCCCAACAGUGCACCACCAGUGCCCACGGAGGGCCCUCGAGUCCCGGGGCAGCUGCUUCCUGAGGAUGCCUGUGGGGACACUUAGCAGGGACUCCUUCAGGGAUGCCUGUGGGGACUCCCAGUAGGAACAUCCAGUGGAGACACCCUGCGGGGACACCCAGUGGGGAUACCCUGUGGGGAUGCCCAGUGGGGACACCCUGCGGGGACACCCAGUGGGGAUGCCUAUGGGGACACCCAGUGGGGACACCCUGAGGGAACACCAGCAGGGACGCCCAGUGGGGACACCCUGCAGGAACACCACGGGGACACCAGCGGGGAUGCCUGUGGGGACACCCUGCGGGAACACCAGCAGGGAUGCCUGUGGGGACACCCUGUGGGGACACCAGUGGGAUGCCUCUGGGGACAUCCAGCAAGGACACCCAGUACGGAUGCCUGUGGGGACACCCAGUGAGAACACCCAGUGGGGAUGCCUGUGGGGAUGCCCAGCGGGGAUGCCUAUGGGGGCACCCAGCGGGGACACCAGCAGGGAUGCCUGUGGGGACAUCCAGUGGGAACACCCAGUGGGGAUGCCUGUGGGGACACUCAGUGGGAACACCAGCGGGGAUGCCCUGUGAGGACACCCCAGGGGAGCACAGGCCUGACCCAGUGCCUGCGCUGUGGAGGUACUUGCUGUGUCCGACCUCAUGCAGUGCAGCUGAGGAUACCUUGACUGACUGGAAGUGCUGUAAAUGCCAACUAAGUUAUUAUAUUUUUUUAAGGACAUGCACAUAGGAAAUACACUCCAUGUCUUAAAACUGCCUGCGGUGCCAUUGCAGACUGCGUUAAAGCCUCGGGGUGCAGUGUCCGGCCUGGCAUGCUCGGGGAGUGAGCCCCAGGUGGCCGGCUGCAGCAGACUGCCUGUACGAGGCCUGUGAAAAGCCCAGGGUUCUGCUUGAGCUUGUUUCUGUGACAGAAACGUAUGGAGCCAAAUACGGAUUUUUUCUUGU